CGGGUCCCGGUGCCGCCGAGGACUCCCGAUUAUGUUUGGUUGAUUUAUGCCGUUUGCGUUUUGAAGAGGAAGAGGACAUUGGAGACUUUAACUGCACCCUACCGUCUUUGCUCGCCUUGUCUCCCGCAGAGCUCCUGUGCAUGUACUGGGUCCGCACUGCGAGCUGUGGUUAAAGGAGCAGCCAACAAGCCGAAAAAACAACGACAUCGCACCCCGGGAGCUACCGAGAGGACGGUAGCAUGAUAGUCGUGGAGGGGAAUCGGCAGGAAGAGGGCCCGUAUCUGCAUUUCACUUCGCCUACACCGAGUUCAUUGAGUCGGUAACCAGCGUCCCGACAUGGGGAAGGAGGUAAAUGGUGUUUCCCGGAGCCGGUUUGAGAUGUUCACAAACAGUGAUGAGGCGGUCAUCAAUAAGAAGUUGCCUAAGGAGCUGUUGCUACGAAUCUUCUCCUUUCUGGAUGUGGUGACACUCUGUCGCUGUGCCCAGGUCUCACGGUCCUGGAAUGUUCUGGCCUUGGAUGGCAGCAACUGGCAACGGAUCGACCUCUUUGACUUUCAGAGAGACAUCGAGGGCCGGGUGGUGGAGAACAUUUCAAAGCGAUGUGGAGGGUUCCUUAGGAAGCUGAGCCUGCGGGGUUGUCUGGGUGUGGGUGACAGCGCCCUGAGGACUUUCUCGCAGAACUGCAGAAACAUCGAGCUGCUUAGUCUGAAUGGCUGCACCAAGAUUACUGACAGCACGUGUAACAGCCUCAGUAAGUUCUGUCCAAAGCUGAAGCAUCUGGACCUCGCUUCCUGUACCUCAAUCACCAACCUGUCACUCAAAGCACUCAGUGAGGGUUGUCCCCUGCUGGAGCAGCUCAACAUCUCCUGGUGUGAUCAGGUCACCAAGGAUGGCAUACAGGCCCUGGUGCGUUGCUGUCCUGGACUUAAAGGCCUUUUCCUCAAGGGAUGCACACAGCUAGAGGAUGAGGCUCUGAAGCAUAUCGGGGCUCACUGUCCAGAGCUGGUCACACUCAACUUGCAGACAUGCUCACAGAUCACAGAUGAGGGUCUCAUCACAAUUUGCCGGGGUUGUCACCGCCUGCAGUCUCUGUGUGUGUCGGGCUGUGCCAAUAUCACAGACGCCAUCCUGCACGCUCUGGGACAGAACUGCCCCCGCCUCAGAAUUUUAGAAGUGGCUCGAUGCUCUCAGCUUACAGAUGUGGGCUUCACUACAUUAGCAAGGAAUUGUCAUGAACUUGAGAAGAUGGAUUUAGAAGAAUGUGUGCAGAUCACAGAUGGAACACUCAUCCAGCUGUCUAUCCACUGCCCUCGUUUGCAAGUCCUGAGUCUGUCUCACUGUGAGCUGAUCACCGAUGACGGCAUCAGACACCUCGGCAGCGGCCCCUGCGCUCACGACCGUCUGGAGGUGAUCGAGCUGGACAACUGCCCCCUGAUCACCGAUGCCUCACUGGAGCACCUGAAGAGCUGCCAUAGUCUGGAUCGCAUCGAGCUCUAUGACUGCCAGCAGAUCACCCGCGCAGGCAUCAAGAGACUAAGGACCCAUCUGCCUAACAUCAAAGUGCAUGCGUACUUUGCUCCCGUCACUCCGCCCCCCUCCGUCGGGGGCAGCCGUCAGAGGUUUUGCCGUUGCUGCGUCCUGCUAUGAUGUAAAGACAACAACCCCCCCUCUCCCCUCCCCGUGUCCCUCGUACAAGCUCCCCGCAGCCCGUCACUUGACCCCUGACCUGCUGUCUCCCUCCCGGCGCCCUGUCAUAGAGUACGUGCUGGUGUGUGUCCCUUUCCCUUUGGAGCUGCAGAGAGAGGGAGAGAGCCAAAACACGCUACACGGUCUUGGGUAACUUUCCCCCAGAAAACAUUCCCGAAUCUCUCCACCGCACACGGACAGCUCAUACUCAACAGGCUUUCUGAUACGCACACACAUUUACACACACAGAUUAACUCUUAGAAGAAUAUCAGAACAUUCCUGGUCAGUGGACAAACCAGUAUUACAAGAGGGUUGUGUAAAAAUCAGAUGUGAUCAUCACCGUUAAGGGAUUUAACUCUUCAUCAAAUUGUGUAUUUGAGGGGAGUGACGCAAUUCAGUUAUUUAGCACUUUUAGACAGAUUACAGUCACAGCCUUUAAACAGAAUAUUGAAAAGGUUAAAAAAAAAUCCCUCUAACUUCUCACACAUAUUUCCCUCGCCAUUGAAGGUCACUUAACAGCUACCUCUAGACGGGAACUGCACUCAAGUAAGACCUGUUUAACUUCGCUCUGCAGGCUGUUUAUUUCAAGAAGGGGCAGCGAUGCAGCCGAUAAACUGCAGACACCCCCGACACACACACAGGACGCAGCAGAAAGCCUUUUUUGUGUGAUUUAAAAAAAACAAACUUGCAGCUAUUUGCACUUAUCGUAAAGCAAUGAUGAGACACUUUACAAAGACAACCAUCUCAGAAUUUAAGACUGGCAUCGUACUAACAACACACACAAGUCUUCACGCACACACACUGAGCUUGCACCACCUGUACCCUCACCUCUCUCUGUCUCUCUGUUACAAUCAGAAGCUUCAAUAUACUGAAGAGAAAAAAAGAAGAGAAAGUUUAAUAUUUUUCUAAACAAAAAAAAAAGGACACCAAUUCAGACUCACAAGUUGGGACUCGAAGAUGCCAAAUGUUGCAUGUAACACCUCUAGUUUUUUAAAAUCUAAUUGUAAAUAUGCGAGGACCGCAGAGUCUGAGAGUCAAAGCCAGCUAAGCGACAGAUGACGAUACGAGACGGGGGGCAGAGGUUUCUGACGACGCCGUCUCCCUGAGGGAACUGUGGCAAAGCUCACACACACACACAUGUUGUGAAAGUGUGUUUCAAAAAAUGUGCUGGAGCUUUUGGACAGUCGAAAUGAGCCAGCGCUUCACCUGGAGUCUAACCGAAGAACUGAUGCUGGCCUGUGAGAGCUCAUGUCAACGACAGAGAAGUUCUAAAGACUUACAAAAAAAAAAAAAAAAAACAAA